AUGACUUUAGGCCGUCAAGGCAAAGUUAAAGAAGCUCGGCAAUUGUUUGACGAAAUGCCUCAAAGAGAUGUUGUUUCUUAUGCUUCAAUGAUUACUGUUUAUUUAAAACAUAAGGAUCUUCCUAAUGCUGAGACGUUGUUUUAUUCAAUGUCUGAGAGAAAUGUAGUGUCUGAUUCUGCUAUGGUUCAUGCUUAUGCUAAAGUUGGAAGAUUCGAUGAGGCUCGGAGAAUCUUCGAACGAAUGCCGGAUAGAAAUGUUUAUGCGUGGACCAGUUUGAUUUCCGGGUAUUUUCAGAACCGUAGAGUGGAUGAAGCUCGAAAACUGCUUCAAGAAAUGCCAGAGAAAAAUGUGGUUACUUGGACUGCAGCAAUGGUGGGCUAUGCUCAAAAUGGUUUGAUUAAUGAGGCACAACGUAUUUUUGAUCAGAUUCCUGAGAAAAAUGUUAUUGUUUGGACGGCGAUGAUCAGGGCUUAUGUUAAAGAUAGUCAGGUGGAUCAAGCUCUUGAGCUCUUCUAUAAGAUGCCUGAACGUAAUUUAUAUUCUUGGAAUGUUAUGAUUCAAGGUUGUUUAAAUGACAAGAGAGUGGACAAAGCUUUGGAACUAUUUAAUCCGAUGCCAUGGAAAAAUGCAGUUUCCUGGACAACUGUCGUUACUGGUCUUGCACGAAAUGGGUUGUUAGAAAUGGCAAGAGAGUACUUUGAUCAAAUGCCAAACAGGGAUCCUGCUGCGUGGAAUGCUAUGAUAACAGCCUACGUUGAUGAAGGCCUAGCGGCUAAGGCCGAUGAACUUUUUGAUUCGAUGCCUAAUAAAGAUACUGUAAGUUGGAAUGUAAUGAUUGGCGGGUAUGCAAAAAGUGGCCUUGAGGGUGAAGCCUUGAAGUGUUUCAUUAGCAUGCUCCGAUCAGGCUUAAGGCCGAAUCAGACUACUCUCACCAGUGUAGUGACCUCAUGUGGAGGGAUCCUGGAGUUAUUGCAAGCUCAUGUUCUUGUUUUACUGCUAGGAUUUGACCAAGACACUUCGCUUAAUAAUGCUCUCGUCACCAUGUACUCUAGAUGUGGAGAUAUAAACUCCUCAUUUAUCACUUUUGAGAAUCUCAUAGUAAAGGAUGUUGUUUCAUGGACUGCAAUAAUACUGGCAUAUGCUAAUCAUGGUCUUGGAAACCAAGCACUACAAGCCUUCGCGCAAAUGCUAAGGUUCGGUAACAAGCCAGACAAGAUCACUUUUGUGGGACUUUUGUCAGCUUGUAGUCAUGCCGGUCUUGUUAAGAAAGGUCAAAAGUUUUUCGAGUCUAUGAGGUAUGCCUAUGGUUUAAAACCGAGGGCUGAACAUUAUUGUUGCCUUGUCGAUAUUUUAGGUCGUGGUAAGUUAGUUGAUGAGGCUAUGCGGGUGGUGCAACAGAUGCCUCCGGAGGAAUGGGCUUUACUUGGCGCUUGCAAGUUGCACGGAGAUGUUGGAGUAGCGAAUCAGAUCUGCGAUGAAAUAGUAGAGCGUGAACCAGGUAACUCAGGAGCUUAUGUAUUAAUGGCAAAUGCUUAUGCUGCUUCUGGGAGAUGGGGUGAUUUUGCGCAAGUAAGGAAGAAAAUGAAGGAGAGGAAUGUGAAAAAAGUACCUGGUAUGAGUGAAAUAGAAGUCAAUGGAAAAAAUCACAUAUUUUUUGUGGGAGACAAGUCUCACCCUGAGAAGGAGGAGAUUUACAUGCUGCUUAAAGAAAACUUAUUGCCUCUAAUGCAAGAGAUGAUAUAG